AUGGAAAACACCAUUUUAGUUUGUUUUGCAGUGCUUCUGUGUGGAUUUUGCAUUUACUGCUUAGUAUUGGUUUGGAAGGAUAGAGCGGGAGGGAGAAUAGAGUGGAGUACAGGCGAGGUGGAUCAAGAUUUUAGUCACCGCUCCUUAGACAUAGAAGAAUCGGUUCAGGCUCAAAAUUUUGGUCACCUCUCCUUAAACAUAGAAGAAUUGGUUCAGGCUUAUCGGCGUUCAAGUCACCUCGAGCCAACUUCCUCAGAUAUAAAAGAAUUGGAUCCGGCGGAUCAGAAACUGGAGCGCGCGCUUGCCAGGCUGCCUGCAAUUUCGAUCUUUGACAUGGAUAAAUUAGAAACAACAAGUGGGAAAGAUUGUGUCAUAUGCUUGGAAGACUUUGAACCCGGAGGGCAAUGCCAAAAGUUCCCUAUCUGCAACCAUAUCUUCCACUUCCAUUGCAUUAGGCAGUGGCUGCGUAUUCAAUUCAAUUGCCCAAUUUGUCGAAUGAGCAUAUGGAAGUCGGCAAGAAAACCAAAAAAGAGAAGAAACAAUCGGAAAAGAAACCAAUAA